AUGAAGGAAGCUCCAAUUGACAAUUUCGCUCGGGAUCCGAGGAUUCAGAAUUUCUGGAAGGAAAAAAUGGCCAAAAUCAAAGCCAUCAGCACUGUAAGUUCGUCUACUUUGAUUUGAAAUUUUAUCUUUAGGAAGAAUACCGAGAAUUGACCAAGAAAGGCGACCUUCCACUUGCUCGGAUCAAGAAAAUUAUGAAAAUCGACGAACAAGUUCGAUCUCAGGUAAGAUUUAUCUCAAUUAUUGUUCGAUUCUUUAGAUGAUAAGUGGAGAAGGCCCUAUUCUUAUCGCCAAGGCCUGUGAAUUCCUUAUCGAAGAGAUUACGCUCAGGGCGUGGCUUCAUGCCGAACAAAAUCGCCGAAAGACCGUUCAGAAGUUGGACAUCUCCAAUGCAGUUGCUCAAUCGGAUAUGUUCGAUUUUCUGAUUGACAUUGUCCCUCGGGGAUCGAGGAAUCCGAAUGCGCCGAUUGUAAGUGGCAUUUUUUAUAUUGUUAUUGGUUUAGAAGCCCAACCCCGGAGAUAAUUCGUCGCAUGAGUUGGUUGAAGCGGGUCCGUCAACGUCAGAAGCCAUUGCUGUUAGUGGUUCCCAGCCGGUGCAGUUUGUUCUGCCGGUGAGUUUAGGGCUUUUGAGGCUUACUUUUCUUUCGGCAAUUAGGUCCUCUAGGAUAAUAUAAUUUUUUGGGUCUGUUGGGUGUUCAAUGUUUGGAAAAGCCGUCCAGUUUACUUAUCCAGAUGUCAGAGGGUCUCUGAAAUUUUUCUGAGCCUUUAAAAUAUGUCUUAAUUAUUAAAACCAAAGUUUUUACAUUGAUUUAGCCAUGUAUGCUGAUUUUUUUCAUUUUUUCGAAUUUAAAUCCCAAUUUUUCAGCCUGAAGUGAUGCAAGGCAACUUUGUUAACGGAGAAGGCCCUGUUCAAUAUAUUAUGGUGAGAUUUUUGUCUUAAAUUCUUCAUUUCUGACCUUAUUUUAGUGCGAUCCCAACACUGACUUUACCCAUCCGAUCCAGGUGAAUAUGAAUGGCCAAGUUUUCGAUGUAACACCGACUGGCCAACCUAUUCAGCUGAUUCAAGCGCCAGCCGGCUCAAUUCACGACCCAAAUCAAUGA